UGCCUGAAAGAAAAUAUAAAUAGCUGGCUCCCCACGUUGUAUAGUGUCUACCGCGGCUCAAUUAAGUCCUUCCCAUCCCAACAAACUCUGCUCUUCAUUUCACCGUGCCUCGUUAAGCUGUUGGCAAUUUUUUCUGAAGCAACUAUACCCUGGAAGGUUGAACAAGCAUGGCUUCAAGCAGCCUGCAACCUCCCAAAACCCGUGCCCCAGUGACCUGCCCUGAUUGCGGUCGCCAAUUUGCUGGCCGUUAUGAAUUCAAUCGCCAUCUGAAGCCGAAAAUCAAGUGUCCUAGCCAUGCCUGUGCGAGCUGUUUUCGUGGCGACAAGAAAAGUCAGUUCAUAAGACAUAUUCGAAGGUUGCAUGCUGGCCAGUUCGAUAUUGGGCUAUGUAAGAGGCAUUUUGAAGAGAAGUCAGGAUUGUUUCCUAUUCCCGGAGCCUGUAUCCCGCCAACCCCAGUAUCAUGAAGAGCGAGAACAAUGGUGGUGAGUCGCCAUCAGCAUUACUCUCAGCAAAGUUGGCAGCAACCGAGAUAUCUAUCUCACCAUUGACAAAUGGUAACGGAGGGUGAACAAGUCCUCACACAAUAUAUUUUGGAUCAGACACUGCUGCAGCAGUCUUCUAGUUAGGGCUUCUCACCUGCAUUUCCAUAUAAUUAUGACCUCAACCUUCCUCUUGAUAUCCAUCCAUACACUAUGUGGCCAGACUUUCAAAUCACAAUGAUAGAUCUAGUGAUAUGGCGUGACUACACAUUGUUGUUACUGAGUUCACCAUCUCAUCAUGAUUGACACUUUUGGCAAAUGAAUCUAUCUAGAAAGAACAAUACAUACCUGUUGUAUUUCCAUCAUUCUGUCUCUCUCUCAUGUUUUGGGUUUUUCUUUUCUUUUCUUCUCCUUCUUUUCUUUCUUGCUUCUUUUAAUCCCUCUUUUGAUUUCUAUCUUCA